AUGGCUGUCCCCAAAGCGUCUGCCGGGGGAGUUUCCCGGCCACCACACGAUAGCGGUGGUAAACGCCCCUACCCGGUGCUCUCGCGCCGUGAGAUUGAGGCCCAAAUUGCUGAGGGCAGGGCCGUGUUCAUCCUCGACCAGCAUGUCGUCAAGGCGGACGCGUGGCUCAAGUACCAUCCGGGCGGUGACAAGGCGAUCAGGCAUAUGAUCGGGCGGGAUGCGACGGAUGAGGUGAAUGGCCUUCACUCACUUGAGGCGCGCCGUAUGAUGGACAAGUAUCGGGUAGGCAGGAUCGAAGGGCGGUGGAAGAACUUCCUGCCGCCAAUUCAAGGCGGUAAAUUUCGGCCGAGGCUGGCGGAUGGGGAGGAGGAGCAAGAGGCGGAGUAUGAUUCCAGGACCAGCGGGAGGAAAUGGGCAGACGCAACAGUAUCAUCAAGCGACGCAGGGUCGUCUCGCUCGCCAUCUCCCACCUUCGAUGCUACCGAACUUCGCAACCGGAAGGCAGGCCUUGCAAGGUCUGGGUCCGCCACCUCGCUCUCUUCGGUCGAUGAUGAAGCCGCUAAGCCGGAGCCGGAAUCAACCGACGGCAUGGCGCAUCUUGACGCCCUCACACGCCAGGAGAUCAAGCUCGACCUGGCCAAGUACCCAACGCUAGAGUCGGUGACGCAGGAUGCCAUUGUGGAAAAGUAUCGGCUACUCAACGAACGCAUCAAAUCCGAGGGGCUUUACCAGUGCAACUACUGGGCGUACGGAGUUGAGGCCUCACGAUACACGUUGCUGUUUGCUCUGAUGCUGCUCUUUUUGCAGUGGAAAUGGUACAUCACGAGCGCUUGCUUUUUGGGUUGCUUCUGGCAUCAAUUGGUGUUUACGGCACACGAUGCCGGCCACAUGGGCAUCACGCACAACUUCCAAGUUGACACCGUGAUUGGGAUCUUCAUUGCCGACUUUUUGGGUGGCCUCUCGCUGGGCUGGUGGAAGCGCAACCACAACGUGCAUCACAUCGUCACCAAUUCGCCCGAGCACGACCCAGAUAUCGAGCACAUGCCCUUCCUCGCCAUCUCUCACCGUUUCCUCGGCUCGCUACGAUCAACCUACUAUGAGCAUGUCAUGCACUACGACGCCUUCGCGCGCGUCAUGAUCCGCCUGCAGCACCAUCUCUACUAUGUUCUCAUGCUUUUCGGUCGCUUCAACCUCUAUCGCCUGUCUUGGCUGUAUCUGUUGGCCGGUCAGGGCCCGCGCAAGGGCAUCGCGGCAUGGCAUCGCUGGCUAGAAAUCACCGGCCAGAUCGUCUUCUGGACCUGGUUUGGUUACGGCAUCGUGUACCGGUCCAUCGACAACAACACGUCGCGUGUCCUGUUUGUGUUGGUCAGCCACUUCGUAACAACCCCCGUCCACGUGCAGAUCACGCUGUCGCACUUCGCUAUGAGCACGGCCGACCUAGGCGUCGACGAGUCCUUCCCGCAACGCAUGCUACGCACCACCAUGGACGUCGACUGCCCUCCCUGGCUCGACUUCUUCCACGGUGGGUUGCAGUUCCAGGCGAUCCACCACCUGUUUCCGCGGAUCCCGAGGCAUAACCUCCGCAAAACGCAGCGGCUGGUGCAGGAGUUUUGCGAUGAUGUGGGAAUCCCGUAUGCGCUUUAUGGUUUUGUGGACGGGAACAAGCAGGUGAUCGGGAGGUUGGGGGAUGUGGCGAGGCAGGCGGCGAUUUUGGCCAAGUGCCAGAGUGUGUUGGCCAGCGGGGAGCAUGAGCAUCAUCAUUAG